AUGAGUGGUCAGGGCUCAGGUGGCGAGGGCCAAUCUGGGACGCAACUAGGAUCUGAUCAAGACAUCCUUCAGCCUCAAGAAGUGAAUCGGGAAGCCGAGAGGUUACAUGAGCCGAUCUCCUUCAAGCGAAAACAAAAACAACGAUCACGGUUCAGUCUAUCUAACCUUCUCUCCCCUCCCUCCGGCGGAUCGGAUACUGGCUUUGGCUCUCCGGCGCCGCAAGGUGGUCAGAACGGCGAUGCAUCGCCACUCGAUCCUUACGCGCCGAUAGGGCUCAAUAGUGGUGCUGAAGCCUCAAAAGAUGGCGCGCCAUUGGACUGGUACGUGGAAGGCCCAGGACGACGUGUGGGCUACGACGACUUCACUGCUAUCGAUUGGAUCUACGAGUAUACCAAGGAGCGGCAAAGGAAACGGCUUCUUUACUCGAGUGGACAGGGUCUAUUGGGCCAUGCUCGUCGACUGCUUGACGCAAGCAAUGUCUGGUUAGUGUUGAUUGCGACAGGCAUUGCUGUAGGAAUAAUCGCUGCUUCUAUCGAUAUUGCAACGGAUUGGCUAGGUGACCUGAAGUCCGGAUAUUGCAAAAAUGGAAGUGGAGGUGGCAAGUUUUAUCUCAACAAGAGCUUUUGCUGCUGGGGUCUCGAUGAUCAAUCUAAGUGUUUAGACUGGACACCUUGGGGAAAUGCAUUAGGCGCAAAGUCCAGUGGAGGGGCAUAUACGGUUGGAUAUGUCUUUUAUGUUUCAUUUUCGGUUUUCUUUGCUGCAUGUGCUUGCUUCUUGGUGCGAAAUUAUGCCGUUUAUGCUAGACACAGUGGAAUCCCCGAGAUAAAAACGAUCCUCGGUGGAACUGUCAUCCGACAUUUCAUGGGACCAUGGACACUUGCCAUUAAAUCACUGGGCCUGUGUCUUUCUGUGGCUUCCGGUCUAUGGCUAGGUAAAGAGGGCCCACUUGUGCAUGUUGCAUGCUGUUGCGCGAAUAUCCUGAUGAAACCUUUUGAAAGCCUGAAAGGCAAUGAAGCACGCAAACGAGAGGUUCUUUCUGCGGCUGCUGCAGCAGGUAUAUCAGUCGCAUUCGGGGCACCCAUCGGAGGUGUUCUUUUUAGUUUGGAGCAACUUUCAUAUUAUUUUCCCGACAAGACAAUGUGGCAAAGCUUUGUCUGUGCCAUGGUCGCAGCUGUCACUUUGCAAGCCUUGAACCCAUUCCGGACAGGUAAAAUUGUGCUGUAUCAAGUCACCUACACUCGAGGCUGGCACCGCUUUGAGAUCAUCCCGUUCAUUAUUCUUGGCAUCAUUGGCGGCCUCUACGGUGCAUUCCUCAUCCGCCUGAAUACUAAAGUCACCAAAUGGAGGCGAGCUCGGACUUCCUCUCGACCAAUCAUCGAAGUGGUUGUCGUGGCUCUCAUUACAGCUUUGAUCAACUAUCCAAAUCACUUCAUGCGGGCUCAGAACUCGGAGCUUGUCCAGUCGCUGUUCGCCGAGUGCAACAGUGUGACAUAUGAUCGAUUUGGUCUCUGCGCCACGGGAUCUGCCUCAAUCGGCGUGGCAAUCUACCUGGUCGUUGCUGCUUUACUUGCCUUUUUCUUGGCUUCCUUGACAUUUGGACUUGAGAUUCCUGCGGGUAUCAUCCUUCCUUCGGUCGCUAUCGGUGCUCUUUACGGGCGUGCUCUGGGCAUUAUAGUUCGCUUGUGGCAAGAAUCUUAUCCGCAAGCAUUCCUGUUUAGCAGGUGCGAGCCAGACAUUCCAUGUGUCACACCUGGCUUAUACGCAAUUAUCGGGGCUGCUGCUGCUCUUGGUGGUGCUACUCGAAUGACUUUGUCAAUUGUCGUUAUCAUGUUCGAAUUGACCGGCGCGCUGACCUACGUCAUCCCGAUCAUGAUUGCUGUGAUGCUGUCCAAGUGGUGUGGUGACAUCUUCGGGAAGCGAGGUAUCUACGAGUCAUGGAUUCGACUAAACGAGUAUCCUUUCCUCGAUCAUCGUGAUGACACCACUCCGCCAGACGUAUCUGCCAACCGGGUCAUGACAACCGUGGACGAUAUCAGCAUCAUUACUGCCACCGGUCAUACUAUUGCCUCGAUCCGCAACCUCCUAGCUAACACUACAUAUCGCGGAUUCCCCAUAGUAUCAGACACGUCGAGUCCCGUCCUUCUAGGCUACAUCACCCGCAAUGAGAUUUCUUUUGCGCUGAAAUACUCGACCUCUGGUACAGCCCGCAACCUCUCCGACGAGACACAGGUCUUCUUUUCGCAUCAACCUUUUGCAGACCCUAGUGAUACCCUUGAUCUACGACCUUGGAUGGAUCAGACACCGAUGACAUUGAACAGUAACAUCACCUUUUUGAUUGUUUUGAAAAUGUUCCAGCGCCUUGGCUUGCGUUAUGUGUUAUUUGCCAACAAGGGUAUUCUACAAGGACUACUGACCAAGAAAGAUGUUUGGUCAGUGCUGAAUGGCGUGGAAAUCCGCCGAGAAGAAGCCCUUCGAGACGAAGAAUACCAGGAUUUCGAAAAUCGUAAUGAGGCUGAAGAGCAGGUUAUCGAAAUAAAAUUGCGGCUUCGCCCCACCGCCUUUCUGACCCCACAUAUUUCUGUCGGCUUUUUAAAACUGACCGCUCUCAUCUCUACCGGUACGGCUACUGAUCUUCCUACCCUUGAGGAAGCCAUAACACCGGAAGAUAAAAUGAUGAUCGAUCCUUUUGAGGUGCGCAUGCGCUUCACUACACAGCUGCAGCACCUCAGUGCUGCUGUGACAUCAUCGCAGAAGGCUGCGCAUUAUGCGCUGAAGUACCGUGACCUCGAUGAGGAUCUUCACUCAUGCAUCCUGGAGCAGCUUGAGCGGAACAACAUGAACAAUCGUGCGAACAUCAUGUACUUUAUUGAACACCUCUGCGAAAUGGCCAUCAAGGAAAACUACCUCCCAUACGUGCGCAUGAUGCAACGAGACAUUUUGCGCGUGGUCGACUCGGUCGUUCCUCCCGAUGGCACUGGCGCAGCCAAUGUCAAGCACGUCCGUCACGUCUUGAACGGUCUCCGAGCGAAGGAAGUCCUCAGCGCCGAAACCGUGGCCGAGAUCGACGCGGCUCUGAAAGACCGCGAUUCCCAUCCCUCCCACCUGGAUCUUGAACAUGAGGAAGGCCCCGAGGGAGGCAGCAAGUCGAAGUCUGAGAAGCCCCAACUGCGCCUUGACAAGAAGCAGAUCGAGCAGCGCAUCGAGGAAGACCGGGAGCGCAACAAGCGUCAGCGCGAGAGCAUGUGGGCCAUGACUGGCAGUGAUCAAGACGAAUAUAAUCAGAUGUGGGAGGAGCUCAGCCCCAUUGGGGAGGACGACUUUAUCCGGUCUCGUGAGGAGGCUUUAGAACGCGCCGAGUGUUUUCGCAAGCACGAGGAGUUUUAUAAGAACCUCUACGGUAUCAAUGAGUAA